AUGCGCCGGUACUUCCGACAUAGGUUGGUCCUGCAUCUGAUUGCCAGCGACAUCUUCAAAGCCAUCUGGUAUUUUGUCUUCCCAGUCGUGGUAUUUGCAGGGGGGCCAGUCAGCAGCGCAUCGAACUUCUGCCAGGCAAGCGGUUUCCUGCUCGCGUUCGCCAUCGAGGCCAGCGACAUGGCUAUUCUUAUCAUCGCGCUACAUUCAACUCUCUGCAUCCUACGAUCGGACAGCACCAUCGGAGAAGGCGGCUUAUACCGCUACCGCAGCUGGAUUUACCCCUUGUGGCUUGGACCACCGCUCUUAUUUGCUUCAUUGGCCUUCAUCAACAACGAUAAAGGCUACACCCAGGCUGGUACAUUUUGCUAUCUCCCUAAACGUCCAUUUUGGUAUCGACUGGCGCUUUCCUGGGUGCCUCGAUAUCUCAUUAUCAGCUUGAUCCUGAUCAUGUACAUCUCGAUCUACAUCUACGUUCACGUCAAGUUUCGCGGCUUCGAAAACCUCGGUGCAACAGUCGACUCCUACGAUACUGAGUUGAGACGACGAUCGGGCCUCUCAAUGAAAUCAAAUGACGUCGAGCAAAGAGGAAUCGACCGAACUAACGGAGCAUUGCAACCGCCAAUCCUCAGCCCAUCGCACCGGCAAACCCAGAAUCAGCUUCCCGGGAUUGGGAACAACUGGACACCCCAACAGCUUUAG